GGUGAUAGACCAUUGAAAGACCGAAACCCAAGAUAUUAUAAGAUAUAAGACGGAACAAAUUCUGGAAUCUGUUCAAUACAAUUGUCUGGACCUCUUUGUGCGCCCUCCACAGGAGAAACGAGAGCAUCCCAAGAAAGAGGCUGAGGGACUCAGAAGGAUGCUGAGAGCUCGUCGCUCUACCAGCCCUGUUAGAGGGACAUCAACCCAGCGCAGUCCCACCCGAAACUCUCCUGUUAAAGGUGGUACCUAUGAUUCAGAGCUGAUGAGGGUAUUGCGAGAAAGAGAUGAGUUGCAAAAUAUGUUGGAUAAGUACGAGCGCCACAUGUCAGAGAUCCAGGCUAACAUUAAAGUGCUCACAGCUGAGCGGGACAAGACAAGAAUGCACUACCAGCAGGCUCAGGAAGAAAUAGCAGCUCUACGGCGAGAAGUGAUGAAGUCAAAAGCGGUGCGAGGUCCCAAAAGUAGUGUGACAGCUCAGAGCAUCCUCAAGCGACUGGAGGCUGAGAGGGACGAGGCUGCUGCAGACCUCCAUCAUAUGACCACAGAGAGAGACAGCCUGAGAGAGAGACUCAAGAUCUCUCAGGAGACAGCCAUCAGUGAGAGAGCUCACCUGGAGCAGAGCGUGGAAGACCUGCAGUCUGCUGUACUGACACUGGAGCAGGAAAGAGGGGAGCAGAAAAGCAGACAGGCUCAGAUGAGGGAGACCAUGAUUGGCCUGGAGCAGGAACUCCAUACACUUGGUAGAAAACUUAAUAGCAGCGAGGAAGAGCUCAAUCGCAUCAAGAUCGAGUGCAGUAGCCUCAGACUGUCAAACAAUCAGAUGGAAAGUUCUCUGAGUGAGACGCAGCGGCGACUGGCCAGCAGGAUUGGAGAGCUGCAAAAAGUUCAGGAGAGAAAUAAACUGCUCGAUGAAAAAAACGAGUCUCUGCUGAGGCAGGUAACAGAGACGCGAGAUGAGGUCGGCACGCUGCAGCGCACCAUCUCCGAACUGAACCAGCACCGAGAAACAGUGCAGAAACAGCUGGAGAAGAAGAGUGAGCUGCUUAGCACAGCAAAUAACCAGCUGGAUGAGAGGGAAAAAACCAUCAGGAGUUUGAGGCUGAGAACUGAGGAUCUUGAAAAAUCUUUAAUAACUCUGAGGGAAACUGUGGUUGGUAGAGAGAGAGAGCUAGAUGUUUUGAGGAGGAAGAUGUCAGACUGUGAAAAGGAGAUGUUCACAGUAAGGAAAGUCAAAGAUGCCAUGUUGCAAGAGAAUGGUCAGCUCAGGGCCGACCUUGAUCAAGCACAUCUGGACAACCAGGCUAUGCAACUUAAGCUAGAUGAAGCUACUCAGGAAGUAGAAGACUUGCAGAGAAAAGUACAAGAUCACGUUGCUGACAUCUCAUGUACUGAAGAUCUGCUAUCUGCUAAGGAGCAGGAGUGUCGGGAUCUGCAGGAUUCCAGAAGGAAAGCAUCCAUACAGGCGGAAAGCUGGGAGAAACAGACCAGACAAGCAGAAACCACCAUCACAGAAAUCCGGACUGAGCUUCGCGACUCAAAGAUUGAGAUGCUUCGACUUAAAGAAAGAGCAGACAGCCUUGAGAAAAGCCUGCAGGAAGCACUGAGUGCAGAACGAAGCUGCAAUAGUCAGCUAUCUCAGCUGAACAGAAAGAUGAUUAACAUGGAGGAAGAUCUGCAUCAGGCGCAGACUGAGCGUGGACAAGUGCAAAUGGACCUGGAAAAAACGCGAGAGCUGUGCAUCAAACUGGAUGCCAACAAAGAGGCUGUUCAGCAUGAACUGGAAUCAUGUCGCUCAGAGGUGGAGUUGUUGCAGAAACAGCUGGCCAGUGAACGGUUAUCUGUUCAGAGUCUGGAGAGUCUGCUGGUGUCUGCACGAGAAAUGGAACUUCAGAGACAGCUCACUUCUCAAGAACGACAGGCUGAAAUUCAAAUACUCAGGGACAAACUUAGCAUGGCUGACAGCAAAGUGAGUUCUCAGAGCUGGGAAAUGUCUCAGCUGAGGUCACGAUCAGCCCAGCUGGAAUCAGAUCUUGACAUGACCAAAAGACAACUGUCGACUGAGCGCUUUGAAAGGGAGCGUGCAGUACAGGAGCUGCGCAGACAGGGUCUCUCAACUCUCUCUCCUGUCCUUUCUUCCACAAUGCGCUCUUCAUCUACCUCACGUCCUCGUUCCCUGAGCCCUCACAGAUCCUGGUCUCAGGAACGCUCUCAUCACAACUUAACAGACCCUCUGCUUGUGUCACACUACCCCGACAGGAGUUUGGCUUUCAGGGAUCUUAAUGGCUGAGAAGUUUAAAACACAAAAGAUUUUGUGGGGGGAGUUUUUGGCAAGAAAUAAAUUCAUUACACUGAUAUUAUAUAGGUUUUGGUCAUGUAUUUCAAUAAACCAAUAAAUGUAUUUUUAAUUGAUGUUUAAUUCACAAAAAUUUAAUUCUGUUUGAUUGAUUUUUGUUUUUUUCACAUACAUUUUUACAUAUUUCGUAUGUCACUGCAUGUGACAAAUUUCAUUUCUCCUGAAUACACAGUUUUUGCUUCACUAUA